AUGGCAACAUCAGAAGCGUGUCCAGCCUACGCUCCCUUCUUCGGCUUUGCCGGCGCAGCCACUGCGAUGAUUCUGUCCGCCGUCGGCGCCGCUUAUGGAACUGCGAAAGCCGGCAUCGGGAUUGCUGGCGUGGGAACAUUCAGGCCAGACUUGAUGAUGAAGGCGCUCAUUCCCGUGGUCAUGGCUGGUAUCAUAGCAGUAUACGGUCUAGUCGUAGCGGUGCUGGUCAGCAACGGUCUGAAUCCCGACAGUGAAUAUUCGCUUUUUGCUGGGUUUAUCCACCUGGCAGCUGGGCUAUCGACUGGAUUUGCGGGAUUGAGCGCCGGAUAUGCUGUGGGGAUUGUGGGAGACUCUUGCGUACGCGGAUACCUUUACCAACCAAAACUGUUUGUCGGAAUGGUGCUGAUUCUUAUCUUUGCCGAAGUUUUGGGAUUGUACGGGCUGAUUGUCAGCUUGAUCUUGAAUACGAAGGCCGUCAGCAAUUGCUGA